AUAAUUAAUAAUGCUUCACAUUCCAGAUGUCGUAAUUGGUGUUGAAAGAGCCAAUCAUUAGCAUUUUGAUGAUAUCUAUGAAACCUAAAAGCUUGCUAAUCCAGUUAAAAUUAGCAUGAUCAAAGUUUAAUAUAACAAAGAUCAUGUGACUGGAGUAAAGCUAAAAUACAAAGGAUUAGAUGGAAGAUAAAUAAAAGGAACUUGUUCAAUGAAAUUUAAAUUGCUUGGAGGUCUACUUUCUGGGACAAAAAAAGAAAAAUAUUGCAUAGCAGAUGGUAAAAAUUCUAAAAAAAUAAUUAGAUGAUUACAUCAAGGAAAUACAUGGAUUUGUUGGCACUGAAAUAAACUAAUUUGGAUUUACAACUUACAAAGGAGUAAGCCAUAGAUGUGGAAUUGCAAAAGGAAUAUCAUUUUCUCAUCAUUUCCCACUUCAUACCUUUACUUCAGCUAGAGGGUCUUAUGAUAAGUUUUUAGAUUUCAUCGCCUUUAGAGUAGUCCCUCUUACUCCUUAAUAGAUAAUAUAAUUAGUAAUAUUUUUUUUUCUAUGUAAUUUAGGGCUUGAGUUAAAAUCAAGGCAAUGUGAAUGUCGUAAUAACACAGACAACUUAACCUCCUCCACCUGCUUAAUAAUAUCCUCCUCCUGGUUAAUAUCCCCCUGCUUAAUAAUAUCCUCCUCCUGCUUAAUAUCCCCCUGCUUAAUAAUAUCCUCCUCCUGGUUAAUAUCCACCUGCUUAAUAAUAUCCUCCUCCUGGUUAAUAUCCACCUGCUUAAUAAUAUCCUCCUCCUGGUUAAUAUCCCCCUGCUUAAUAAUAUCCUCCUCCUGCUUAAUAUCCCCCUGCUUAAUAAUAUCCUCCUCCUGGUUAAUAUCCACCUGCUUAAUAAUAUCCUCCUCCUGGUUAAUAUCCACCUGCUUAAUAAUAUCCUCCUCCUGGUUAAUAUCCCCCUGCUUAAUAAUAUCCUCCUCCUGCUUAAUAUCCCCCUGCUUAAUAAUAUCCUCCUCCUGGUUAAUAUCCACCUGCUUAAUAAUAUCCUCCUCCUGGUUAAUAUCCACCUGCUUAAUAAUAUCCUCCUCCUGGUUAAUAUCCCCCUGCUUAAUAAUAUCCUCCUCCUGCUUAAUAUCCCCCUGCUUAAUAAUAUCCUCCUCCUGGUUAAUAUCCACCUGCUUAAUAAUAUCCUCCUCCUGGUUAAUAUCCACCUGCUUAAUAAUAUCCUCCUCCUGGUUAAUAUCCCCCUGCUUAAUAAUAUCCUCCUCCUGCUUAAUAUCCCCCUGCUUAAUAAUAUCCUCCUCCUGGUUAAUAUCCACCUGCUUAAUAAUAUCCUCCUCCUGGUUAAUAUCCACCUGCUUAAUAAUAUCCACCUCCAGGAUAAUAUCCUCCCCCAGGAUAAUACCCUCCUCCAGGAUAAUAUCCUCCUCCUGGAUAAUAUCCUCCACCAGGAUAAUAUCCACCCUAAGGUUAUCCACCACAAUAAAAUACGACUGUUAUUAUCGAAAAGCAAGCUCCCCCUCCUCCGUAACCAUAAAAGAGUGGAGGUGGUGCUGCAGUUGCUGGAGCACUAGUAGGAGGUGCAUUGAUUGGAGCUGCUUUAGCAAAUAAUCAUAAUCAUAACCAUCAUCAUGGUCCAGAAGUUGUGAUUGUAAAGAAACAUGGUCAUCAUCAUUGAUAUUAAAAAUCUAUUCA